AUGGCGGAGCCCCAGGCGGCCGCUGCAGAGCUUCGGAGAUGCGUCGGAAUGGGAUUCGUUGGCGCUCUUGUGGACGCCCAUGUCGACGGCGUUCACUAUGAUGACAGAAGGUUCUGGCCGGUGUUCGAAGCCGCAGCCGACCUUGAUGUGCCGAUUUAUCUUCAUCCGACAUAUCCAACACCGUUACAGUCGUCUGCUUACGAGGGUCAAUACGAGCAAGGUGCGGCGCGAAGCCUUGGCAGCAGUGGCUUCGGCUGGCAUCAGGAGACAGGGUUAGCAGUGCUGAAGUUAUUUGCUGCCGGACUUUUUGACGAGCUCCCGUCCCUCAAAAUCAUCAUCGGUCAUUUCGGAGAGAUGCUGCCAUUUAUGAUCGAGCGGAUAGCCAAGCUCUCGGUUCGAUGGGGGACUCGGCUGCGACCAUGGCGACAAGUAUGGAGGGAAAACGUGUGGAUUACUACUAGCGGAGUGUGGGAGCUAGCACCUAUGGCCUGCAUCUUCAGAAACACAUCCUUGAGUCACAUUCUCUAUAGCGUUGACUACCCGUUCGAGAAGAAUGAGACAGGCUUGGCCUGGAUGAGAGAACUCCAGGAAAGUGGGCUAGUUACCCCGGAUGAGCUCGAGAUGAUCGCGCACCGAAAUGCCGAGCAGCUCUUAAAGCUGAGUAUCCCGACACAGGCCCUUCGCGGCAUCGAUGCCGUCAUCUCCACGGUCGGCAAGCGGAACGGGCUCGAAAGCCAAUUUCGUCUCAUCGACGCCGCGGUCAUGGAGGGAGUUACUCGGUUCAUUCCAUCUGAGUUCGGCGCCGAUCUUCAACACAAAGAGAUCCGCACAUUUCCGACGUACCAAACCAAAAUCGAGGUUGAAGAAUAUCUCGAGAGGAAGGCCCGGGAGACCAAUCUCACGUACACUCUCAUAUACUGCAGCGCAUUAUUCGACGAGGGUUUGGAUUUGGGUGCAUUUGCAGACUUUCAGGCCAGGAAGGUCAACUUUUUCGAUGGAGGUGCAACAACAUUCAACGCAACGAGAAGCGUUACAGUCGCUGACGCUGUUGUGGCUGUUUUAAACAAGCUCGAGGCCACCAAAAACAAAGCCGUUCGCAUUCGAGACGUCUCCAUGACGCCUAAGGAACUGCUGAAGGUCAUCCAAGGACUCGAAAAAAACGCUGACUGGACUUCUGUCGCUAUUGACACUGGGAAGCUCGUCCAAGGAGCAAAAACCGAGCUAGCUUCGGGGAAAUUCAGUCCGAAGGCCUUCGCCGGUUUCGCAAUGAGAGCCACGUUUGCGCCAGGGUUGGCCGGACUGUACGGCGAUGACAACGACCUUCUUGAAAUCAAGGACAUUGCGAAGGAUGACCUCGAAAACGCAUUGAAGUCUAGACUCUUAGUUUGA